UAAUUUCUUUUAAUGUAUUUCAAAGUCUUUAAUAUCCAAUUUUAAUGCAUUUACACUGCCAGACUCUUAAACGAAAGGGAAACGGGAUGCAAGUGGGAAACGUUUUGUAUCAUGUAUUAUCCUUGUUAAACUGAAUGACUACUAUGGAUCUUGUGAGGAAAAGGAAACUGUCAGGAACAGGGAAACAAUUAGAUCCAAGCUCUAAACAAAAAAUUAAAAAAUUGUUCGAUAAAAAAUUUAUAUACAAGAGGACUAACAGGUGGCAACUACCAUCACUGACAAAUAAGGAAUGCCAAAAGUGGAUACAUCCGGUUCUUAAGACUUUGAAGGAAAAACUAAACAGUGUGAAAGACAAGUUGAGUGAUAAGGAAAUUUAUUCAUGGCAUGAGCACACGAAAUUCAUGAACAUUGCUGGCAGUGUGAUAUCAACAGUGAAACAAGUGAUCCGUCCAGAACUGUGCACUCAAGCAUGGUGCAAGUUUUAUGAAAUUCUCUCAGCAUAUCCAUUGAUACACCAUAAUGUUAUAAAUCUGAAUACAGUACAUCUUUGUGAAGCCCCAGGGGCAUUUGUAACAAGUUUGAACCAUUAUCUUGUUUCCAUUGAUUACAGUGGAACAUGGACCUGGUUAGGAAGUACACUGAAUCCUUACUAUGAAGGGAAUCCCCUGGGUAAGAUGAUAGAUGAUGAUCGUUUCAUCAGAGAAAGUAUAGAUUACUGGUAUUUUGGAGAAGACAACACAGGGAAUCUUAUGGAGUUCAAUAAUUUUGAGGGCCUCCUUCAUGUGGCUUCUACUAUGGGAGCUGUUCAGCUGGUCACGGCAGAUGGCUCCAUUGACUGUCAGGAUGACCCUGGGGAACAGGAACAAAUUGUGUCCCGCCUACAUUACUGUGAGGCCCUGGCAGGGAUUCUUAUUCUUUCCCCCGGAGGUCACUUAGUGCUUAAGAAAUUCACCAUGUUUGAUAGCGAGACCAUUAGUCUGAUGUUUAUACUGGGCUGCUUAUUUGAAGAGAUAAAUGUUUUCAAACCCGCAACUAGCAAAAGUGGAAAUUCAGAAGUUUAUAUUGUAUGUUUAAACUUUCUAGGACUAGGAGAAAGAAUGGAUGAAUUCAAACAAUUUUGUAAACCAUUUUUCGAAGAUGGGAACUAUGAGUUCAGAUUUCCUGAGAGUUGUUUCCCUCCUGAGUUUUUGUCAGAGCAUAUCCGAAUCUGUGAAGAAUUUACAGACCUACAGAUGGAGACCAUUAAAUGUAACCUGGACCAUUAUCCCAGAGUGUCUGAAUCUUACACUCAAUGGAUGGAGGACAUCAAAGAUGCCUGUGCUGAUUUCUAUAUUAAUGCUUACAACCUUCACCCAAUACCUGCACAGAGCAGAAUGCUGCCAUAUAGAAAGAAAAAGAAAACACGCAAGGACUCGUAUGAAAACAAGUCGUUUCCUGUCAAGGAAUUUGGAAAAAAUAGGAAGGGAACUUUUAAUGAAAGAAAAAAGAUGAUGGGGGCAUCUCUGUAUGAACAAGUGAAAUUAAUUGAUCCUUAUAAAGUUGAAGAAACAAAGACAUUUAAUUUUCAGUCGGAUCUAGAGGAUGUGCAAGGAAUAGAAAGCUGGACUUUAUCACACGGAAGGCCUGUAUUGGACAUCCAAAGCUCAUGUUUUUGUACUGGGAAGCUGGUACAACAGAUGAACCUUUUGCAGAGGUAUAAAAAAUCAGGUACAGAAGUAAAUGUAACAGACUUGGUUGUUGAGGCUUUAUCGGUGUUGUAUGCUGAAAAUCACAGACCGCUGUUAAUUGCUGUCAGUGAGACUGUCCAAGGGCACAUAACUGAUCAAAACAUUAAGGACCUUGACUUUGUAAAGUCACUCAUUAGUCCAAAGUCACCAAAUAUUGAAAGAGGAAAUGUUAGCGAGAAAAACGUUUGCCAUGUGAUGGGAACUGGAUUAAUGGAUGAAGUGGGGUCACAGAAAAUAUUAUUAAAGGAAGUUAUUUCUCUUCUUCAGAACAUUAAAGUGGGGGAUUCCUCUAUUUGGAUAUUUUCAACCUGCCUGAUGAGGUGGACAGCUGGAGUUGUCUUUCUUUUAUCAAUCUGUUUUCAUAAGGUGCUAAUGGUUCCCUCCCCUUCUUCAUCUCUAGCUCAGGCUCUAGUGUGUGUGCAGUACAAACCAGAGACAGCAUUCAUUUUAUCCCACUUAGAGGAGAUUGAAAAACUAAAAUCAAAACAUGAAACAUUGUUAGAAACCAUCCCUAUUCAUGUACUUCUCAACAAUGAAGAAUUUGCAUACUUCUUAAGAAGCAGCAACGAAUAUCUUAUCAAAUGUUUCAUAUCAGAAUCCCUGCAGAAAAUUCAGAGAACAGAUAGUGAAUGAAAUCAACUUUAUGUGGUACAUGUCCAGAAAAUGCUUAUUAUUCUUAGUUUCCAAAAUUUCAAGGGCAGCUUUAUUUGAGGGUUUCCAGAUCCCUAGGAACCAGUAUAAACAUUUUUUUUAUAAAGAUUAUUGCAGAUCUCAUAGACCACUCACCACACAUCAUAAAAUGUGUACAUAAAAUGUGUGUGUGUUUUUCUCUAACAACAGCUAUUAGCUGAAUAAAAUAUGUUGGUCUAUUCAAUCUGUAAAAGAGUUAAUUUUCCAUGAAAUUUAGAAUUCAGAUUUAAUGGUUGUGAAAAUUCUUAAU